AUGGUCCAUUUUCCCUAUACAGGGUCACGGCGGAUAGCCAGUGCCCUCCUCGCAAUAGCACAGCUAAGCACCAUCAUCGAAGCGUCACCGUUCUCACUCCUUCCGCAAAAUGAAUCACCCGCAGACCGCUUCUCCCUCGAGCGGCGCCAAAGCGACGUCCCCAGCUCCUCCAACUUCAUCCGCCGCGCCCUGCACGGCUCGACCGUCGUCGGCAACCGCCUCUACAUCGACGGCGGCGAGAUCGCCCAGUACGUCGACGGCAACACGGACACGCAAAUGUCGCGCGUCAACAACCAGACCCUCUCCAUCGACCUCAGCACCUCCUGGUCCAACUCGUCCGUCCAAAUUUCUGCCCUCGACAAGAACGGCGCCCCGGUCUUCAACUUCCCGGGCCUGUGGUCUGACGGCACCAGCGCCUUCUACCUCUUCGCCGGCGAAGUCUCGCCCGUCGCAGGCGAUAACGCCACGACGCCCAACGUCGCCGUGUGGAAGUUCAGCAGCACCCCCUCCGGCGACGGGUCGUGGGAGCAGCUGGCGACGUCGGACCCGCAGGUCUUCAACCAGCUCACACGCCCCGCGAACGCGCUCGUCGCAUCCGGCGGUGGCAAGGGGUUCGUCCUCGGCGGCUACGAGUCCGGCAGGACGGAUCCGGACUCUCACGACGCCGACACGCCCGUGCCGGGCCUCGUGUCGUUCGACUGGGAGAGCGGGGCGUGGAGCAACGAGUCCGCGACGCCGUUCACGACGUACGGCACCGCCGUGUCGGGCCAGAUGCACUUCGUGCCGACGUUUGGGGAGGGCGGGUUGUUGAUGAUGUUUGGCGGAGAGAGCACGACGCCGACGACGUGGGAUGAGAAGUCCGGACAGCUGCAGUUUAAUAAUGUUACUAUGUACGAGCCGGAGACUGGGUCGUGGUAUUCGCAGACGACGACGGGCGAGGCGCCGGGGGUGAGGGAGCUGUUUUGCGUGGUGGGGGCGGCGGGGAAGAAUGGGACGUAUGAGAUAUUUGUCUCUGGAGGCUGGGACGCAUUCCAGGAAACCUGCUACGAGGACAUGUACAUCCUCUCUCUCCCCGGCUUCCACUGGUUCAAAGCGCCGAACGUCUCGGGCGGCCCCCGUGCCUUUCACACCUGCAACGUCAUCGGAAACCGGCAGAUGGUCAUCAUCGGCGGCGUCAACUACAAGUUGGGCAUUCCAGGCGAUUGGAAGGAUCCGGACCCUUGGAGCCAGGGCAUCGGCAUCUUCGAUAUGACAAAGCUGAGUUGGAGUUCGGGCUACGAUGCCGACGCUGCGGCGUACGAGUCUCCGGACAGAGUGAAGAGCUGGUACAGCCAAGGGAAUGGCGAUAAUGUUGGAUGGACCAAUAACAAGGUCCGCGCGCUGUUUGCCUCUACCAAUGGGAACAGUGGUUCGAACAAUGGUGGCAGCAACACAAGCGGAAGUGGCAGGAGAAGAUCGAAAUCGUCCAGCAACACAGGCGCUAUCGUGGGUGGCGUGGUGGGUGGUGUUGCCGGCCUCGCUUUGAUCGCUGGUGCAGUGUGGCUGUUCAUGCGGAAGCGGAAGGGGAACGCUGCUGGUGCUGGUACGGGAGGAGAGAAAGACAGUGCUGGUGCUGGUGGAGGAUACGCAUACCAGCAAGCACCGCCGUAUGAGGUACCAGCUGAAACGGCGGGCCAAGGCCGGGCAGAAAGCCCGAAGAGGACGCCUGAGCUGCCGGCGGGGGGUAAUAAUGAAGUGCAUGAGUUGGCUGGAACGCCAGGAAUGGGGAAGUAA